CAGUCGCUCAGGAACGCUCUUAGUAUCGACCCCUGUAUGACGUCACAGGCUGUGUAUCUCGUGUUCUGGACCGACUGUGUCAUCUGCACGCACCGCAUCUUCAACAUCUACUGACAAUGAGGACAAUUUACUGACAAGGAAGUGAUUGGAUACUAUCGCUAACCAGGAGGGCGGAGAAGAACUAAGAGUCCAGAAUGGCGUUAGAUGAAAAGACAAAUGGAGGUCAGAAAAAGAAUGACGAGAAAAACUUUUCUAUGCAAAUGUCCAACUACGCUGAGGACUCGGGAGCUCCGUAUGAUCCCCAUGAGCACAGAGUGGUGGCUAACCCUACUACCGAUAGAGAGACACUGAUCCAUCUGCUGAAGGGGUGCCUGGGGACAGGCAUUCUGGCGAUGCCCAACGCCUUCGGCAAUUCUGGACUCGCUCUCGGUACUGUUGCCACAGUACUCAUUGGUAUUCUCUGCACCUACUGUCUUCAUGUUCUGGUUCGUAGUCAGUACGAGAUGUGUAAACGGUUAAAAGUUCCGAUUCUCAGCUAUCCAGAAUCUAUGAAAGUCGCCCUGCAACAUGGACCUGCCGCCUUCAGACCUUUUGCCAACAUUUCAGCUCCUGUAGUUGACUUCUUCCUGAUCCUGUACCAGCUUGGUAUUUGCUGUGUGUACAUAAUGUUUGUAGCUGAAAACAUCAAAGAGGUAACUGAUCAAUAUUGGAAACCAAUUGACGUCAGAGUUCACAUGUUGAUCCUGCUUACUCCUUUGGUCCUCAUCUGCUACAUUCGGAACCUGAAGUUGUUGGCACCGUUCUCUCAGCUCGCUAACAUCAUUACAUUCAUCGGCAUAGCCAUCAUCCUGUACUACAUAUUCCAAGACCUGCCACCGAUCAGUUCUGCCAGGCUGGUGGGCACACCGCAAGCAUUUGUCCUCUAUAUAGGGACCACACUGUUUGCACUGGAAGCUGUGGGCGUUGUUAUAGCUUUGGAAAACAACAUGAAAACUCCAAAAUCAUUUGGAGGAUGGCUUGGCAUCCUGAACCAAGGCAUGGCAGCUAUUACGAUAAUGUACAUUGGUGUUGGAUUCUUUGGAUUUAUCAAAUAUGGAAGCAAUGCAAAGGGCAGUGUAACUCUGAACCUUCCCCAAGAACAAUUAUUGGCUCAGUGUGUGAAAAUUGCAUUUGCUAUCGCCAUUUUCAUCUCAUACGCUCUUCAAGCUUAUGUUCCAAUUGAAAUAAUUUGGAAUACUUACUUGAAGGCCAAACUGGAUCAAAGCAACAAGAAGCUGUUGAUUGAGUAUGUGAUGAGGACUGUCAUCGUAAUCUUGACAUUCUGUCUGGCUGUGGCCAUUCCUCUCCUGGACCUCUUCAUCUCCCUGUUUGGGGCUCUUUGUCUGUCAGCUCUCGGCAUUGCAUUCCCAGGGAUUAUCGAACUCUGUGUCGCCUACUCCAGCAACCGUCUCAACUUCCCCUUGAUGCUGAAGGACAUAGUACUCAUCAUAGUGGGUAUCCUUGGCUUGAUCAUCGGCACCUACUGCAGUCUGCUCGAGAUCGUCAAGAAAAUGGGUGAAGGAGACAGUCCUUUGGAAAGUACUUUCCAGCCAAAUUCUACUGUAUCGACACCGCACCUGUAGUGUGAGUCAGUCAGAAGAGAAAGUAACAGAUGAAAAUUGAAAACCUAAAGUACAAAAAAAUGUGAGAGUCAUCCUGAAAGCAAGGCACCUUUGUGCUCUACACUGCUAAUGGGUCUCACAAAUUGUAGCUUUUUACUAGCUAAUCAACUUUCACUUUUGUCUGUUCAUGACUUGUAGGAUUGUAUGAUUAGCAAUUUGUUUAAACAAACAUGUAAAAAAAUGGAUAUGUUAUUCAUCUGUUCAAAUAAGAGGAGCGGAAUUUCCCUCAUUACAGAUAAUAGUUGACAAGAAUUUGAGUAUUGUUAUAAAGGAGACUAAUCAAUGACCUGAUAGACCUGAGAAAUUAUCUUUUUUCCAAGAUAAUGAAAGAAGUUUUAGAAAGAAAAUUGUAUAAAUGAGAUAUUGAUAAACUUUACAUUUGUUCAAAGAGAAUGCUUGUCAUUAUGAUAGAUGUUCUAUAAAACCAGUGUUUAUAAAAAUGAAUAGAGAUAGAGAUCCAUAGUCAUCAGAUUAAGAUUUGCUAUUACAUUGUUUUUUAAUCUACAUACAGGCAAAUACAUACUUUGCUUUCUGGUUGACCCUUGCAUUUAUACAGCAAAUGCCUUAGAGGAUUACCUACAUGUUUUGAACUAGCCUAUAAUUUUUGUUAAUAUACAAAUACAAAAGUUUUGUGUAGGUAACAGGUACAUUAUCUGUAUUAUUAUUAAUGCAGUGGCUAGUUUAAAGAAACAAAUGUUUUUACCAAAUAAAAAUAAAAAGAAGAGUUUUACCUCAUGUUUGAAUAAGCUUAAACUUGAUAAUGGAUGUUAUUUGGGAAUAAUACUUAGGUACUUAGGAUUUGUCAAGAAGUAUUUAACAGAUAAACAUAGUUUUCAAAUCUAUAUGGUGUAAAACUGCUGUAGCUGAAAGGUUUGGAAAUUUCAUAACAGAAAAUAAGGCUAACAUACAGUUAGCUGCUAAAUGGUAAGGUAUUUAAAAUACCUCCAUGGUUUACUCAAACCCAAAAAAAAUUGACAAAAGUAAUGUGCAGAAAAAUAUGAAUCUCAUGAGUAAAGGGGAAGUCCAAUAUUGGUGAAAAGAUCUUUAUUAGGGUAAGAUACAAAUAUAGUUAUAAUUUAUUUAAUUGAUUAGGUGUAAAAUCACAGAUCAGCAGUCCCCAUAGAUAAAAAUUAUCAAAAAUAUACACAAUUUUUAACAUUUUAAAAUUUUAGUAUUGAAUUUAGAAAAAUGGGGACUAGUUAAUUUUUAAGUAUAACAGCGAUAAAAUGUUUUUGAGAAGCAUGUAAGUGUCACAUAGAUAUGACAUGAGGUAAAAUCAGUUUUACAUUUCAUAAAUUAAUAUUUGUGUUUGUAAUCUUGUCCUGAUUUAUUAAAACAAUAACAUAAACAGUAAUAAAAUAAAAUAAUAAACGUUGUUGUUUGUCUUAAAAUUUUAAUCCAUAAGGGACCAGAAAUGGACAAAUAAACACAAAGUACCAAUCUUAUAUUUAUAUGGGAGAAGCCACAUUUGUUACUGUUUAUAUUUGGCUAUACGAAUACAAAGUAGGUCUGGCAUGAGAAAUUUUCUAGUCAAGAUCUUGUACAAGAUGUCUCUACUUCUUUAUCUGAAUUUUUGUACAUACCCUUCCUCAAAAUGUAAAGAAAGUGGUAAGAACAUAAGAAAGAACGGUUAAAAAAUAUUUAAGAGCGCUAUCUAACCUCUCUUCUUGCAAUAGACUGUUUAGAAAGAAUAAUAAUCAAAGGUCAUUUGACAUUUGUUAUUUAUUUUUAUUUAUGGAACAGUACAGUAGGGAAAAGCUGCUGGUAAUUAUAUUUUUUAUAUUUACAGUUGUAUUUUGUGAAAACUUCAUCUACAGCAAAUAUUUUUUUAAGCAAAGAAAACCUAAAUUUUCUAUCACUGGUUUAAAACUGAUUAAUUAAAUAAAGAAAGCAAUGUGAGUAGCAUCAUAUGUACUAUGUGACAGAAUGAAUAGGUCAGCUUUUGCCUUUUGUGUCAAAUCUCUGUAUUUAACACGUAUUUCUAUAUAGGUGUUUAUAGACUGUGAUACAUGUUAUGAAACCUAUUAGAAUCAGUAUAUUUUGGUUACAUCCCUUGGAAUUAGGAAGAGGAAUCUCAUAGAGGCUUACCAAAUAGAGAUUAGAUCUGUAAGAAUCAUUGUUGCUUUUUUUGUGUAUACGAUUUGUUGUAAUUAGGGAGAAUUAGUGAGGUGUAAUCAAUUUAGAACGUUUGUAUAUACAGUAUGUAGUUUAUUUGUGCUAAUUAUAGUAAGAGCUCAAAACAUUUUUUCAUAUUAUAAAAUUAACCCUUUUUUCUAUCAAUAAUUAUUUUAUUUGUACAAAGUGGGUUUUCAACCAACUGUUUACAUAGUAAAAGGUUCUAAUUCUUGCACAGUUCCCAAUCAUAUUGACUGAAGUUAAGAAAUUGGUUUUGACACAAGUCAAAUUUUCACAUGAACCAUUGUAAAAUUUUUAAUCUGUCAGGACUUUUAUCAUUAAUUGAUAAUUGUAUCAUUAACUGUAGUGUAUUCAGUGUAAUGAUUUAAUUUAAUACAACUUUCAAUGAAGUUACAUGUGAAAGGUGAUAAAGUAAAUAUUUUUCUAACAUAAAUAUAUAUAAAAAAAAAAUAAUAAUAUGUACUGGUUAAUGUGGUAAUGAUCAGAUACAGAGUUUUUGAUAUUUCUAAACAUACAAUGAGAAAUUUCUAUAUAUGACCUUGAGAAAAUAUCACUGUUAUCAUAAACCAAUCAGAUGAAAAAUUUAUUUUCAUCCUAAUAUUGAGCAAAUUAAAUCGUAAAAUGAAGAAAACGAAUAUAAAUUUAAGUAAUUUACUAAGACAUUGAAGAAAUUUAAAGUACACUGUCCAAUCUAUUUAGAAAGGUUAUCAGAUGUAUUAUAUUAUUUUAAUAAGAAAUCUAGAUUUGUAUACACAAUGCCAUAAAAGGCAGUUUAAAGACUGAGUGUGAACUUAUAAAACUAGAUUUAUACAGAACAGUAUAAAACAGAGCAAUAUCAUGUUAUGUUUUAGAUACAAUAUAGAAACAGUAAAGCUUUUUAAUUUGAAAUUCCACCUGAUUAUACUCAUGUAUUGUUAAAAAUACAUGUCAAAAAUAUAGAAUUGAGUUGUAAUUAAUUUUUAACAGUAUUCAGUUAAAUUCCGUUCAUUUCUCUGUGUACAUUGUGUUUACAGUGACUUGGAAAUGGUAAAUAUGUACAAAGUUUAUUACCUUAAACUUAUUACCUUAAAAUCAAAAUAAAUUAUAAAUCAUGAUCUCUUCUGUUAUAAAUAGUUUGUACAAUGCUUUUUUGCUUUUACUAUAUAUUUUGUUGUCACUUAUUUUCUAAUUAGUAAAUUUUGAAUUAUUAAUAAUUACAAACUAGACGUAUUUAUUUAUGUUUUCUGUUUGCAGUUUUUAUAACUAAUGUUUGAGUUUACUUCUUUUAUAUGAACAGUAGUUUGUUGUUAUGUUUAUUGUACUUAUGAAAUGUAGUGAUUAAAGUACAGAUGUAGUGUUUAUAUUUA